GAGAAGCGGGGACAUGUAGGAGGGAAAAGCCUUCGUGAUACAACUACCUAACUGUGUAACUAGAUGUAUCUCAAAUACUCCAAUCAUCAAAUCCGACCCAUUGCCUACUUUACCCAGGUGCAGUAGAUACUUCACUACCUACAUACAUGCCAAGUGCAGUUGAUGACACGACUCAAGUAUGCCUAUGAUGCUAGACUCUGACUUGAAGUCCAUGCCCAAGAUUGAGUUGCACGCUCAUUUGUCUGGCAGUAUCAGUAGACGAUGCCUACACGAGAUAUGGCGGGGCAAGAAGGCAGCCGGCAAGACAGACCUCGAAGACCCCUUGGUCGUCAUGCCGCUGGAAGAACCAGUCGUUGAUAUAAACUCUUUCUUUCCACUCUUCUCGUCAUACAUAUACCGACUUGUAGACGAUGUUGAAUCAUUGCAUUAUUCGACCUCAUCAGUCAUCGAGGACUUCGCCAACGACGGCGUCGUGUAUCUUGAACUUCGCACAACCCCAAGGUCUUUCCCGAAGGGAGGUCUGGACAGAAAGGGCUACGUGGAUGCCGUCUUGACAGCUAUAGAUGAGGCACAACAGAAGUAUCCAUCGAUCCAAGUUCGCUUGAUCCUCUCCAUAGAUCGUCGCAACACACUUGACGAGGCAAACGAGGUCGUGGCCCUCGCUACACACUUCAGCUCUCGCGGUGUCGUCGCUGUCGACCUCUGUGGUGAUCCGGCCAAGGGAGACGUCUCGCUAUUUACCCCCGCCUUCGAGGCUGCAAAGGCACAGGGGCUCAAGAUUACAAUUCACUUCGCCGAAGCUGCAUGUAGCGCUAGCGAAACCGAACUCCAGACUAUCCUGGGCUGGAAGCCUGAUCGUCUUGGCCAUGUCAUUCAUGUCCCGGAGCAUAUAAGGAAACAAAUCGCAGCAGUGCGCCCCGGCAUUGGUCUCGAAUUGUGCCUGAGCUGCAAUGUACAGCUCAAGAUGAUAACGGGCGACUUCGACGCGCACCAUUUCGGCGAGUGGUGGCGUGUCGACGGUCCCGUGGUUGUACCUUGCACCGACGACGUUGGCGUUUUCGACAGCCCCGUAUCGAACGAAUGGAAACUGAUACAGCGGUAUUUCCACCUUGAGAGGGACGACGUCUUGAGUCUCGCGAGGAAAGGGGUCGAUGUCAUAUUCGGCGGCGAUGCGCAAAAGACGCGAUUGCGGGAGAUCAUGUGGUGAAACAAGUAUUCAGAACGGGGGCCGUUUGGUAGUUGAGGGGAUCAACGGGUGCAUAUAUAUACUGAAGCGGGGUGAUCGAAGAUGAGUUCACUGUUAUCUAUUCCCGCCAUUUAAAGCGCGUCACGCUAAACUGGUAACUAUCGAAAUCUACUCUACGUUGACUCUAGUUCCUAUAUUCAUGAUGAUGAAUGGCUGAUAGGUGGAUGUACCGAUACUGCCAUGCGGUAUCAACGUCGUUACAUAUUAGGCAUGGCUGGCCGUCCAUUCCUGAAACCACGUGAGGGAUUCAGGGUUCGCUACGCUUGCGUUGGUCUUAACGUUGAUGCCGGAUAGGAUUUGUUUGACGGCGACC